AGCAGCUCCGCCUCUUCCGGGUGGGGUCACGGCCCGGCGGCGCGAAGGGCAGCUACUCGUGUGCGGGUUUCUCAGAGGGUCGGGGCAACCGCUUACCGGGCGCUAUGUCCCGGAACCUGCGCACCGUGCUCAUCUUCGGCGGCUUCAUCUCCCUGAUCGGCGCCGCCUUCUACCCUAUCUACUUCCGGCCCCUCAUGCGGCUGGAGGAGUACCGACUCUGGGCAGACCAAGGAGAAGGCCACAGUUCUUGGAAGUGCAGGACAAGUGUUACAAGGAUGACAAGGUCAGUUCUGCACGUGACACUUGAGUCCAAAAUGAGCCCUGGGGAGACCGUGUUGGCACUGGUGGUCAGCAAGCCUAAACCGGAAGUAUGGGGACAGUUCUGCUGUGCUCCUGGAAGGAAUCCCAGAGAAGGAGCAAGCCAUAAAUCGAGCCGGUAUUAUUCAAGAAAAUGUGCAGCCGCCAGGGUUAAAAGUGUGGUCUGAUCCAUUUGGCAGGAAAUGAGAAGGCUAUCACCACCUCGAUUAUGAAAGACAUCUUCAUGCUUUCCAUUCUGCCGCAAGUACAAUAAAUUGCCUCACUGCAGAAGGAUGGCUGGAGAAGAAACUCUGUGAAGCUGGAAAUAAGAGUACUGUGCACAAGGAUUAAUAUUUCCCUUCUUAAGUAUCAAAAGAACCCUGGAGCAAAUCACACCAUUAGGGAGGUUUUCAUGAUUCGAUUUACUUUCUAAAAAUGAAGCUCUCUCACCCAGCUGUGGUUGGAGGAGAUCUACUUAUUAUUCAGUCUCUACUGCUUUCCCAGCCAAGCUGUGAUGUGAAUGCAAGCAGCCAGUAGACCUGGGAAGAUCCUAGUCUGUCUUGCCAUCCUCCAAAUAGGAAAUUUCAGUGAAAAGCCAGCGUGCUGAGCAGCCUCAUGGGGCUCUUUGGAAACAUUAAAGUUGAUAAAACUCUGAGGACAAGGUACAUUGUACUCUUUAAGAAUAACAGUUCAGCUUAGCCGUCUUGUUGCCGCAUGUUGGAAAAUAAAUAAAUAUGAAACAAGUUCAACCCAGUGACUGUGCAUGCAUAGUAGAAAUCAGUGUUGAGUUAACGGAAGUGAAAAUAUGUAUAUUAAAAGGAUCUAUUUUUAAUUCACAGUGGUGUUUUUUUUUAAAUCCUAUAUAAACUCAUUAAAUCGCACUAAGAAGCA